AUGCUCCCCCUCCCUACACUUUCCACCACCAUCCUCACUCUCCUCCUGUAUCCCCUAGCCAAAGCCCUCUACAACAUCCUCUUCCACCCACUCUCAAGCUCCAAAAUCCCCGGCCCUACUUCAUGGUCCGCAUCCCGCGUGCCCUUUCUCGCCCGCCUGCUCCGCGGCACUCUGAUCCACGAUUUGGAAAAGCUGCAUUUGAAAUACGGACCCAUCAUGCGGAUCGCGCCGGAUGAAGUCGCCUUCGCGCAUCCGGAUGCGUGGACCGAGAUCAUGCAGCCGCGGCAGGGGAAGCGCCAGUUCUUGAAGGACGCGAUGUGGUGGAGCACGCCGAACAACAAGAGCAUGAUGAACGCGAUUGACGUGGGGGACUGGGCGCGCAUGCGCAAGACGCUCACGCCGGGGUUCACGAAGGGCGCGCUGCGGAUGCAGGAGGCUGUCGUGCAGCGCUACGUGAGCCUGCUCAUUGAACGGCUGCGUGAGAGAGUGCACGCUGCUUCGUCUGGCGGCCCAGACCUGGAUCCGGAUAAGAGGAAGGGAGUGACGGUGGAUGUUUUUCCUUGGGUCAAUUUCCUCACGUUUGAUGUGUUUGGCGACUUGGGGUUUGGAGAGAGUUUUCGGUGUCUGGAGAAUGGGCGGUAUCAUCCGUGGAUUACGCUGAUCUUUGAUAAUGUUAAGGGGAUUGCGUUUGUUAAUGCGGCGAAGUAUUAUCCGGCGCUGGAUUGGGUGCUUCAGUGGUGUAUACCGGCGAGUUUGAGGAAGGUGCAGGAAGACCAUUUCCAACACGUCGUCGACCGCGUCCAGCGCAGAAUGAACUGGGAAGUCGUCCGCGAAGACAUCAUGUCGCACCUCCUCAAAGAAGCAAAAGAGAACGGAAGCACGGGCAUGUCCAUGGACGAAAUCUACUACUCCUUCGCGGGCCUGACGGUUGCGGGGAGCGAGACUACGGCGACAGUGCUAGGCGGUGUUCUGAACUACCUAUCGGCGCUUCCGGAGAAGCGAAGGAUUGUAGUGGAUGAAGUGCGGGCUGCGUUCGCGGAUGAGGGCGAGAUCACGCUGAGCGCGGUGGAGGAAAGAUGUGGGUACUUGACUGCAGUUGUUAAUGAGGGGUUGAGAUUGUGUCCACCGGUGCCGUGGGUGCUGCCGAGGAGGGUGCCAGAGGGCGGGGAGACGGUUUGUGGUGUUUGGAUACCGGGCGGUACCGCUGUCUCUAUAUCGCAAUACGCACUCAACCGCUCACCCUCUCUCUUCCACCAGCCUUCCUCGUUCGUCCCGGAGCGCUGGCUCGAGUCUUCUACUGCUGACCCCUCGUCCCCUUUCUACCGCGACCAUAGGGCUGCGGUACAGGGGUUCAGCGUCGGGCCGCGAGCUUGUCUGGGUAAGCAUCUUGCGUGGGUGGAGAUGCGGUUGUGUCUUGCGAGGCUACUGUGGGGGUUUGAUGUUGAGGAGAGGGAGGGUCGGGCGUUGAGGUGGGAAGAGUUAAGGACCUUUUUGUUGGUGGAGAAGAAACCCAUUGAGGUCGUUUUGAGCGAGAGGGACAUGGCAUGACCAACGGCCAUCUGGUGAGCUUUGGUUUUCAAGGAAAUGGACUUUCUGGCACGGGUGCAUCUCUUAUAAUUGUGCAGAGGCGUU